GGAAGAAUGAAGAAGUUAUCAUUUCCCCCAUCAUCAUUCCACUUGUUUUAGUGAGUAGAAACAAAAAAACUGCUUUGCUGCUGCGGCGACACUUAUGGAGAUCAGGCGAAAACAUUUUCUGAUUGAGGAACCGGUGAUUUAUUCGACUCUACAAUUUUCCUAUUCUUUUGAACUUGGAAGACACAGUAUGGAAACGCACAAAGUAACUGUAUUUGCUGAGCUGUACGGGGCGAAGUGGUUAUAACCUCGUAAAUUCGACAUCAGAAACCGCCGCCGUUGGAAGAAGAAGAAGAAGAAGAUUGGAAAGUAAUAGGAAAAGCUUGGAAAUUGCCAUUACGGUCUAUGCGCUCCUUGAUUGUUCGGUUAAUGUGACAGCUGCUUAAUGAACAACACUUGCAAACUAUUUAUGGAAAGAACCUUCUUCUUUUUUAAACAAAGGUAGGCUGACAUGGUUUUUUCCUUCACUUCCUUCUUCCAGUUAGAAAAAUAACGAAUUGUGCGUGUAUAGGACUGUAGGUCUGUGUUUAAGGACUGAGUCCAAGGUCAACGAACUGGCCCUUGUGCGGAGAAAAAAUAACACAAACAACAAACAUGCCGAAGAGAAAAACCCAGAACAUAUCUAUAUGUAUAUUCAUGGUUUUUCUCUACUUAAAUAGGGAACACGUUUUUUAAACUUUUGGUACACUGGCCUAUAUAAAGUCGUUACUACGUCGUAGAGUACCUACAGUAGACAAAAGAAGCGCAUGUUAUUAUAUAGACUGUUCUGUCAUUCAAACAUUAAUGGCGUAAACCUCAAAAACCCCAGAAAACAAUUCUUUGUUCUUCUUUUUUCUCAGAUUUGCUUUUUGUCUCUUUUUCCGUCAUUUUCUCCGUAAUGGUGGAGAGACACAUCUGGUUCCGAUUGUUGGCCUGGUAAAAGCCGCAAAAGUUCUGUCGAAAUCAGCGGGGAAAUUUCUUUUUCUGCUCUAUUCGAUCGUGUAUUCAAUCGGAGUAUCGAUCACUGACUGUCGGGGAGCGAUAAAUUAAGUAAUUUCCCAUCGACUGUUUGGGGUUUUCCUUUAAAGAUUUCGCGUAGAAUUUUACGAAAUUCAUUCGAGUCUAACGAAUGGCUGAGACUCUCUCCCAUCAUUAUCCCAAAUAAAAAUGGCAAACAAAUCAUUUUUGUUCGGGUGAAAGUCGCAAACAUCUUACCGACAUUCUGUCGAGUUGCUAUCCGCGUCAAUAAAUGAAGUGAAAAUAUCCAAGCUUCGAAAGAGCGAGAGAGAGAAAAGAGAUUUCCUUUCUCUUCUCUGGAGGGCAUCCGAAACAGAAGGGGAGGUUAUUUUGUCUUAGAUAUUUUCACCGGUGGUAGUAUUAGGCACCUACGGCGGCGGGAUGAUGGUGAUGAGUUCGUGAGUUCGAAAAGGAAAAUUUGACUCUCGACAUUGUGCUUUCAAAAGAGGGCAGAGGAAACGUCAAACAAAAGAGUUUGGCAGCCAGACAUGUAGAGAUGGGUGGGGGGGGGGGGGGAGGAGAAAGAGAAACGUAAUAAUGAACGCGCCCAACUUUCACGAGACAGUAGUACAUCCGUCUCAUUCUUGUUUUCCUUUGAUUCACGCCACUCUACCUUAAACACACCUUUCACCCUACAGACGUGUACUACAUGUGUGCGUGUCUUAUUACCGGCCAAUUAGCUAGGCGGUUACAGACGUCGGAGAAAGCGAUUUUCUUUCACAAAAGAAAGGAGAAAAGGUUCUCUUUGGCUUUUCAAAUCGACAUUUUAUAUUUCGUUCGUCCUUUCAACCCCGGCAGCAGCAAACACUUUUCCCGCCUCACGACUUUUUCUUCGAUUCCCCCCGAAAAUGUUUUAAUCCUGCCAGCAGAAUUCUUUUCUUUAGUAUAUAUUGGAGAAACGUCUUAAUGGUCUAUUGUCAAGAUAAGCCUCAACUGUUAGAUGUGCAUUAAAACGUUAAAGGAAAACAGGAUCCGAACAGGACAGCAUUAAGAUUUUUGUUUUUCAACCAAAACCUUUAAGUAGGUUGUGGAGUUGACAGGGUCGGCCACAAUAACACGAAAAUUCUCUUCCUACUCCUCCUCCUCUUCUCCUAUUCACGCAGGUCAACAAAUGAUAAGCAGAUGGGGGGGAAAAAAACUGUACUGGCAUACACGACGUUCGGUAUUCCCGUUGAAAGAGAUUUAAUUCUUUUAAAGAGAAAAAAAAAGAGAUAAAUAAAGAAGAUAUAUCACCUUUGCCGUACAAGGCGCUGUGAGGUAGUGGAACUCGGCCGAGCUCGGCCAGCAAGAUGCGCACCGCUGUGUAUACCGAAAGAUGGGGUGAGGUGGUGCUGCCCAACAGUCCCGUUAGUUCCUUAAAAAAAACUUUUUUCUUCUUUUUAUCCAUCGCACGAUAGAAUUUCAAUGCAUCUCCAACCAACAAAAGAAUGAAAAUUUGGGUGGAGGGAGGUGAACUAGGAGAUACGUGAAGGUUACACAUUUUCGGUCCGUUCACAUUCAUUUCACAGUUCCGCAAUUGAGUGUGUAUAAAUAAAAACGCAUUAACAAUUUUUUUAGAUUCGAUUGUUGACCUUAAACCAGGCGACCUCGUCGAAGGAUCAAAGGAACCUGAACGAACCAACUGGUUGGCACCGAAAACCCCAAAAUUAUAUCCAGUCGAACGUUUUCUCGUUUACACGAAAGCAUCAAGAGGGCAACGCCAUCCCGUAAAUGCAACCAAGCCAUUUUUAUGGGAAUCGAAAUGUUAUUUCUCUCUGCUCGCUCAAAGGUCAUCUGAAGAAAGAAAGAAAGAAAGAAGAAACAUUUUAGUUUUUGGGAGUUUGGCUUCUGGUUGUUUCCUGAUGCAAAAGUCAGGGGUCGGCAGAAUAAUUCAAAUAACUCGACUACCGGGUUUACUGUUAAUUAACGCAGUAUUUCUGACCACAAAAGGUGGGUUUACCCAAAACAGGUUUACAGAGAAAAAAUAUGAUGGGGACUUCAACAUAAAGCCACACAUGCUUGUUAAAUUUCACCUGGUCGCUAGCCUUGCUGCAGUUGUAUUGCGUGACGUGCCUGUCGAGAAAAUUCAGUCAGUUGAGUGUUUCAGAAUGUGCAGCCUUUUUGAUGGUUUCAAAUCUUUAUUCUUGUUAUUCAAAUGGCGGAGCUCACUGUAUAAGUUGUGUUACAAAGAACUUAUUUGUCUGCUCAUCCCGUACUUUUCUCUGACCGUCGUUUAUAGAAAAGCACUCGACGAAGAUGGGAAAAGGCUGUUUGAACAGUUCGUUCGUUACUUCAAUCAAUAUUUGGACAUGAUUUCUCUUCCCUUCAUUCUGGGUUUCUAUGUUGCCACUGUCGCUGCCAGAUGGUGGCAGCAAUACAUGGCCUUACCUUGGCCUGACCGAUUAAUUUUGACGAUUGCCGCUUACGUGCAUGGAUAUGACGCUGAAUCUAAGAAGUUAAAGAAGACACUGGUUCGCCAUUGUAAUUUAAUGGGUGUGCUGUUGGUAAGAUCGCUGUCAAGAACUAACAAUAAUUGUAAAAAAAUUCUGGAAGAGGCUGUCAAAUUAGGAUUUAUGACAAAAAGGGAAAAGAUAUACUACGAGUCGAUUGAAACCAAUGUUAAUUUGUAUUGGCUACCCGGAUUGUGGUUCGCUCAAAAUUUGCAAGCAGCAUUUCUUCAAGGAUGCGUCAAAGAUACUUACGCUGUCAAUCAAAUUAUGGAGGAAUUGCUAGAUUAUCGCGGGAAAUGCGGUACUUUAUGGACUUAUUCUUGGAUCAGUAUUCCACUUAUUUAUACACAAGUUGUGACUUUGGCCGUGUACUCGUUUUUCUUCGCUUGCAUUAUGGGUCAUCAACGUAUUGUUGACCCAACAUCUCCUGAAAAUGGUAUCACGGCGGAUUUGUUCUACGGAUUCUCUUUGGUUCUAAAAUUUUUUUUCUAUAUGGGAUUACUCAAGUUAGCUGAACAAAUGAUAUGUCCAUACGGAGAUGGUGAUGAACAUUUUGACGUGGAUUUCUUGCUAAAUCGCCACGCUCAGGUUAUACAAUUAGGUACUGAUAUUUUAUCAGAUCAGUGCCCGUCAGCUUUCCCAGAGUUACUGGAUCAAAAAAUUGAAAGAAAUUUUGAGAGAAAACAAAGUGUCACCCAGAAAGAUAAGAAAAACUGCAUUAACCAACCUUUUGAUUCACACAUGACGCUAAGCAAAUUAUUUUCUAGUCGAAUGAUCAGCGCAUUUAACAUUUUACACCGUCCCACUCGUGUGGCCCCAGAGAAGAAUCACGUUGAUGGCUCUUUUCCUUUUGUAAGCAAUGAGCUAGAAAUCUCUUAUGACACGAGAGCAAAAACUCAGAAAACCGACGAACGAUGGUUUGCUAAAUAUUGGAAGCGAUCAAGCGGUUCGUGCGAAGUAUCUUCAAGACGUACAAAUCUAGACACCGGAAAUAACGAACAGUCUUUCGUACACCUGUCUUUAUUUGUGGUUUCACGUUGAACUCUACCUGCAAUGUGGUAGAUACUGCUAUUUAUUUAUUUCUAUCUAUCUAGUAUCACGUAGCUCUAGGAAAAGUGUGCUCACGGAGUUUUGGUUUUAUUUACAUUUUAACGCCCCUUCGUACUAAUUUAUGUUACUAAAAUAAAUUGCACCCAGAGAGCAACCACCUUUAAUUUGCCAAGAGCCUAAAAUAAAAUUUCCAUUAAAAUUUUCAUUUUACCAACAAAAUUUGCUUUUUUGGCAUUUCAGCUAGCUUGUUUGUUCGCGUCGUAUUCAGAACAAUUUCGUUUAAUGACUGACUGAUGAUGUUUAAUGGAGCAAGAGUGAUAUACGCAUUCCUAGAUUUUUAAAAGCUUUAAAGAGAUGCAUACUGUCAGUCAUUCCAAAAAGUUGACUUAGCGCUCAUUCACUUUCCCUCCAAUAGACCCAUCAUGUUGUCAAAAACCUAAAACUCAUGUGUGAAGCUCACUUAUCGGGGAAUACAAAUGUGUGGAGACAAGGUAUUUCCCCAUUACUGCUACCACCCCAACCACACCACGUCAAAUACCUUACUAAAUUCAGCACCAUUCACCCAUAUGAUAAAG